CACACUCAAAAAACACAUUAUUUCCAUCCCAAAAUGCAAACUUGUAUCAAAUCAGAAAAAAACUCAAACCCAUCAAGCCCAUUUCAACCUUCAAUGAACUCACCACCCAACUGGCUCCAAACCCCUUCACACUCACCCGAACCCAUUACCAAACGGCUCAAACCAGACCAAAACCAAGACCAAGAUAUGGACCAACCAAUAGUCCAUUGUCCUAGAUGUGACUCAACACAAACUAAAUUUUGUUACUACAAUAACUACUCACUUUCUCAACCACGUUAUUUUUGCAAGUCUUGUAGACGUUAUUGGACUAAAGGUGGGACCCUUCGUAACAUCCCAAUUGGUGGCUUGUCUCGAAAAAACAAAAAAAUGUUUCACCGUCGCCAACUCAAACCACAACAACCGAACCAUGAUGGCAAUGUGGUUAGCCACAACUCGAGUGGUCUACAACUUUCGUGUCCAACCUCACCCGUGUAUUCCAACAACAAUUUGGCGGAAUACGCGUACCCAAAUUUAAUGUUUGAUAAUCUUACUAUCGAUUUUAUGGAGAGUGGCGGUGGUACAAGAGAAAAUGAGGGUGGUGAUCAGUUUUCGACUACGGUGGCAAACGGGUAUGAAUCGGGUACGGGUAAUGUCUAUGGAAUGAGCCCGUUUGGAGAAAUGAUGUCAUAUUAUGAUGAGCAUUAUCAAAAGAUGAUUAAUGGAGAUGAUGUUAAGCCAAGGUUAUGUGAUUUUGAUUUGGAAUGGAGGGACCAAAUUGGUUGUCAUUUGGAUUUACAUGGGUCGGGUGGAGGGAUAAAUGGGUCUUCAUGGGCCGGGUUGAUGAGCGGGUAUGGAUCAUCAUCAACAAACUCUCUAGUAUAGCUAAUUAAUUUGUAAUGGUUACAUUUUAUGUUUCUAGCAUCACAUAGAGCUUUAGUGGUUUUGUUGGUAAA